AAAGUGUAUAUAUAUAUAUAUAUAUAUAUAUUUGUCGUGUAUGUUCAUUCCACUGGCUUUCAAUUGUGAUCUACAAUAGCAGGAGAAGUCUUCGUACACACACACAUGUAUAUACGGAAAGAAGGAGAGGAGUUCUGUCGUUAGAAUAUAAAGAGAAAGGCGUGCUGUGAAUUCCUCGAUUAAACGCUUUUUCUUGCUGUUGCUUUUAAGCCAAAGCAACAGCAGCAGCAGCAGAGAAAGAAAGAAAAACGAACAGUUAACAGCAAUGUCGGCCGCGGUUGUUGUGUCAGCGUCGUACGACAAGCAGAUUCGCUUGUGGGACGCCGCUUCUGGGCGAACGGUGAAAAGCUUCACUUUUCAGGAGUCGCAGAUCAACAGUCUAUUUCUGUUGCCCGAUACCGGCUAUCUGGCUGUGGCGGGUUUUGGCGUCGUUCGCCUCUACGACCUCGCCACUUACAUGAGCGGCGGCGGCGCACCGGCAGGCAGCAACAAUGCCAACCAAGCUCCAUCCAUCUACUCCUCCUUUGAGAGUCAGAGCUCGAUGAACUUCACAAGCCUGGCUGCCGUGCCACUGUUGCGCACGUUGAACGACGAUCAGAGCAGCACCCUUUCCGGCUCCUCGCGCCAGCUCACGGACUCUGCGUCGUCCGUGUUAAACGACCAGAUGCUGGGCACCACCAUCGUCUCCGAUCUCGGCGGCCUGCUGGGGCACGGCUUCAAGGAGGUCGCCUGUCUGCUCAUUGCUACCAGCGAGGAUGGUCACAUCCGCUUUCUUGACGCCAACUCGGCCAACGCGCUGCGCGUCCUGAAGGACAUCGCCACCGGUGCCGCCAUCACCUGCAGCGCCGCCUCGCCGGAUCGUAAGUACUUACUGACGGGGAAUCAGAUGGGCCAGGUCUCCAUGUGGCACCUGCCCUCCAUUGUGGCGAGUGUCGCGAUGGAGAUGAAAAACAACCGCAACAGCAAGUCCACUCCUCCGACAGCAGACGCGGAUGCCGAGGCAGAAAAGGACCUUGUCAAACUGGCUGCGAUCGAAAAGGAAAAGCAGGCUGAUAAAGAUCAGCAGGAGGUAUUAAAAGCCUUUGGUCGCUACGCGCUGCAGGAGAUCAACUUCGCAAACGAUUACAGCGCCAUCCGCAGCAUCGCGAUUGAGCCGAUGGCCCGCUGGGCUGCCGUCGCUACAAACGCCGGCAAGGUCCACUUUAUCCGUCUCGCACGGGACAAGUCGGUGUGCGGCAGCAAGGCCGGACUAGCGUCGAGCGCCGUGGAUGGUGUGCCGGCGAUGCACGUCGCAGGGGGCACUGGCGUAAACAGCACGGGACAACUCACGCCGCGCGAACAAUCGCAGCGGCUGUCCAUCAGCGCAGGCGGGACACCGCAGCUUUCGCCGCAGAAGAGCACCGGCAACUCCUUCGUGGACGGCGCGUCGGGCGGGAUGUCGUCCCGGCUGCCCCUCACGGGGAGAGUGGGCUCCUACGCGGACGGUGCGACCAGCUCCAACAGCUACCACGGCCCACGCGAGACCAUCUACCGCUCCGCCCUGGUGGCGAAUGAGCUGUCCGCGAACGCGCGUCGCAACUCCGGUGCCAGCGAGGAGGGCGGCGGCGGCGGCGAGGUGAGCAUGAACGCCACGCGCGUCAGCGGCUCCACGGUCCACAACAGCAUCGGUGCGGUUCUGCUCGAUCACCUGGAGCAGCAGAACUCAAUGAACAGCCGCAGCAACCAAGCCACGCCGCGGCAGGCCCUCGCAAACGCGGGGUUGCAAGCCCAGCUGGUACAGCAGUCUGCCGCAGUGAAGUUGGCCGAGGAGCUGGAGAUGGAAGUCUUUGACACGAUUCAGGCGCACUACAAGUACAUUCUGCGUGUGUUGAUUUCGCCCAACGCGGAGCUGCUCAUGACGUGCAGCGCGGACUACUCGGUCGGCCGCUUCAUCGUCCCGGCCGCGCUGCGACUCAGCACCUCGCAGUUGGCGCCCAUCGACGAGGUCGAGAAGGCCGCCGGUUCGAAGAUGACCUCACCGGAGGUGGGGGAGUCGGGGACCGGUGCUCUCAAGUCAACUCUCCGACAUGUCAGCAGCGGUAGCGGCGCAGCGGGUGGGGCGGAGGCCAACGCAAGUGAGACGGGAGGUGAAGCAAAGGUGCGCAACGAGACCCCCAACCCCUCCCUCGCUGCCUCCGCGCAGGUACCGCCAAAGAGCUCGGCAGGCGAGCAGACCUCUGAGGCGGCCCAGCAGCAGCAGCCAGAGGGCAACGGCACGGAGAGCGCAGCUGCGGCAACCAACUCCGCCGAUGAUGCCGUAAACAACACGAGUGGGAAGAAAGUGAAGGUGGCCGCGCCGGACUCGAAUUCGGCCAACUCAUUGGGGCAGUCCUUCGACGGCACGACAGGACGUGCGGCAGACGACACGAGCGUUGAGCCGCUGAUAGAGUUUAAGGCGUUAAAGCCGCUCACCGGCCACCACCGGUGGGUCUGGGACGGUGUCUUUAGUGACUGCAGCAACUUCCUCUUCACGGCGAGUAGCGACAACACGGUGCGUAUGUGGAACGGGCUGACGACGGAUCGGCCGCAAUCGGUUGGGUUUGUGGGACACACGAAGCCGGUGGUGGCCGUGCUGCUCUGCUACGAUCGCCGUCGCCUGGGCACAGGAUCCCCGGCGUCGUCGUAG